ACCCGCUCGCCCUCGGCUGCAGCGUCCGCAAGAACAUGGUCCCCGUCCCCGACUACCUCGGCAAGAUCGGCGUCCGCCGCGGCGAGCUCCCGCACCUGCUCCGCCGCUACCCGCAGGUGCUCCACGCCAGCAUCGUCGUCGACCUCGCGCCCGUCGUCGAGUACCUCCAGGGGAUGGACUUCAAGCCCGGCGACGUGCCGCGCGUGCUCGAGGGCACCAUGAGCACCUCCGUCGCCUACCUCGUCGGCAUCGGCGUCGCCAGGCGGCAGAUCGGCGGCGUCAUCUGGGUAGCGAUUUCUGGUCGUGAAGGGGGUCGGCGCCGGCCGUUGGAGCCGAACCAACAGCGAAGCGGGCGCACGACCGCACGAGGGCACCGCCGUAGCAUCCGAUUCUUCCCACAUGAUCCAACCCCGCCUGCCGGCUCGGCUCAUGGGAUGGGAGCAUCAUCCCGCGGCCGCCCGCCCGCACCGCCGCACGAGCCGGGCACGUAACGUAACCUCGCCAACGGUUGCCCUCUCCCCGUUGCCUCGCCGUCUUUAUAAUCCCGGGCUCGUCUGGGCAUCACACACCACCGCCACAUCACUCUACUCCACCUACCUGUCUCGCGCUCCUUGUUCACACCAUCUCCCUUGGCUUUCCCUUCGGCGCUUCGAGAGAGAGAAGGAAGAAGGAAGAUGGCGGACGAGGGGACGGCCAACUGCAUCGACAUCAUCCUCGCCGUCAUCCUGCCGCCGCUCGGCGUCUUCUUCAAGUUCGCCUGCGGGCUGAGCGCCCGACCCAGCUCUGUCCCUGCCCCGCCCUAGCUGCACGUUUAACUUCGCAGUGGGCUCGUGAUUCCGUCGAGAGUUGGGCUAAUUGACUGCUCGUGCUGCUGAACGUGGUUUUGCAGAUCGAGUUCUGGAUCUGCUUGCUGCUAACCUUCUUCGGCUACCUCCCCGACAUCAUCUACGCAGUCUGGGUCAUCACCGGAGGGGCUCCUCACCUCUGCCUGCCUCUAGGUGAACCAUGGCGAACUUGUUCUGUGUCUAGUACAAGCCGUUUGUCUGAGACGCGAGCCACGGUUCAUGGUGCUGCCUACGUGUGUUUUGAUGCUGUUGUACAUCUGUGUUGUUGUCCGUGCUUGAUGAUUAGCCUCCUCUCCUGUCACCUUCCCUUCUCCAGUGUAGUGUAUCCAUUCAGUUGUGUUGUUCCUCCGCGCAUUUUCGUCGUCCAUGUACUUUGAACUUUGAUUAAUUAAUUAAUCAAUCAAUUGAUUGGUGGAGAA